AUGCCUCCAACACUACCUGAGCUGGACUCGUCUUCUGCGGGGGAUGACUCUCCCACGCCCGUGCACUCCAACAGCUGCACCCCUCAGAUCGCCCCAGGGAAGGUGCCCCCAUCCCCGAGCCCCAGGAAAGCACAGACCGAACUUGCUAGCCGCAGAUGGAUCGACACAGGCACCGUUUUCCCCAUCCUCCAGGAUCCGAAACAGUAUUCCAUGCACGUCAAGAUCGUCAUCCUCUGCGUUGUGUCUAUCAUCACUCUCGCAGCGCCCUUCUGUAGCAACGCGUUUCUUCCCGCGUUUGAUAUUAUGCUUGCUACGAUGGACGCUACGAAGACCGAGGUGAACUGA